AUGAAACGCCAUAAAGAAUUAAUAGAGAGCGGAAAGGGAACUGCGACUUUGAUCGAAGCUCAAAAGACACGCGAAAUAGCCGAGCUUCAAUAUCAUGAGCAAUCUGACUAUGAAACCAAACGAAGGCUCACCGCAGUCAUUGAGAAGCUUGACCCCCUAAGUAAAACUGUUCUAGCAUCGUUCAUCAUUGAUGAAGUCCGUAAUAUGACGAGUGCCAAUGUGCUUUACUUCUACUGCAAGCACGAUCAAGAACGGAAAAAGACUUUGACCGAAAUCGUUCGUGCGAUGCUUGCGCAACUCGCGAGGAAGGACCCUACCGUAGCAUCUUACAUACACGAAGAAAUCAUAUCCUCAAAAGGCGAAUUAAGCCAAAGAAUGAUCAUAGAUGAUAUUGGUCCAAAGUCAUUCGCAGGUCAAGAAAAACUGUCCGUCAUCUUGGAUGGCCUUGAUGAAUGCAACGCAGAAGAGGCAGAAGAAAUUCUCGAUUGGUUCAUGUUGGUACAGAAACGGCAUAAAGAGGGCCAUGGUGGCCAGGUGAAUAUUCUGUUCAUGGGUCAGCGUACCGAUCUUCUGCAGCAACGACUUUCAACUGCCGCUCAAAUUUCAUUGGAAGCUUCAAAGCACAAAGAGGACGUUACUCUCUACGUUGAACGAGAAGCCCAUAAACUGCAAGGGGAAUUUGAGCUUAGCCACACCAUUAGAUUCCAAAUAAUAAAGCGGGUGGCCGAGACGGCGAAUGAGCUGGAGCCUGCUACCUUCCCGGUUGAUCUGAAAGAUGCGUACGAGCGAGUCGUGGCAACCAUCUUUCGCAAGGGACCACAACAAGCCGCCGCAAAACACAUACUUGAGUGGAUCAUAUGCGCCAAGCGACCGUUGAAGUGGCGAGAGGUACAAGCAACUUUCUUCCUGGAUCCUGUGGAGGGGAAAGCCGACUACAACAAUAGUCGCCGCCGCAAAAGCUGCAAGGCAAUCUGUGGUUCUCUUGUCGAUCUCCAACAACACACCUCAAGUCUUCAAAGUGACGCUACGUUAAGUCUUGUGCACGAGACCGCUCGCGGGUACCUCGUUGAGAAAGGGCUUGUCAAUAUCUCCCUCCGCGAUGCAAACAUCGCUUUGUUCAACCUACAAUAUUUAAUGUCGAAGCCUUUCCAGACUUUGAAAUCGGAUGAUAUCCGGAGCAAUACUUCCUCUGGCUACUAUGCUAUGCUAGAUUAUGCGACCUUACACUGGGAUGAUCAUAUUCGCUCAGUCUUGAAAGCAGGCGGAGACUCUGAUCUUCGGUCCGAAUUGCAACAAUUGCUUCAACAAGAGCUGAGAACCUUCUUGGCACACUACGACAUCACUACCAUGACUAGUAAAGGAGCACUGAAUGACAAGGAGGACCUACAAAGCCCUCAUGAAAUCGUCAAGAUGCGAAACGAAUGGCUCUAUCUCGAGCAAAGGACGUCCACCAUCAGGGAUCGGAUCGAGUCAAUUAUGACGGAUAGUCAGACUGAGCAAGAUCACCUCCAGCUCAUGCGUAAUAUAUACGGUAGCCUAAGGUUCAAGUGUCCGAAGAUAGGGUGCCAACAUUUCACUAAUGGCUUCCAUACUGCAUCUCAGAGAAAGGAGCACUUUGCUAGACACAGCCGGCCUUUCAAUUGUUCUGAAACCACAUGUCCCUCCUUUAUCAUAGGUUUCGAAUCGGCUAAUCAGCUCCUGAGGCACAAAGCUCGAAGUCAUAAAAACGAUGCAGACAAGAUCAUGUUUCCCAAGGCCCAGCACACCCAAGACACUUUCUUGAAAGCAUUACGUUGGGGUGAUGUCGGAGCAGUUGAAGGAUUCUUGACCGCCGGCGCUGGCAUUGACGACCCUGUGCGAGAUCACUAUGAAACUCCACUCUUUCUCGCCACCAAAUACAACCGACUAGAUAUUUGUCGACUUCUGCUUCAGCAUGGCGCCACUCUCAAAGAACAUGGACUGAAGAAUUAUCCACUUCGUGAGGCUUUUGAAAAGAACAAAGACGCAAUCUUCGAUCUAUUUCUCAACACAAGAGUCGGAGAGUAUCAUGACUUCUCACGUCUAAAGACUCCAAGCAGCGAAACAGCCGUCUUCGAUGUGCUAAGAGAUUCCGCAAUUGGGAUCGAAUGCGCUAAGAAAUUGAAUUUGGCGCAAUGGUUCAGUAAUGCAUUAGAACGUCAAGAUGAACCUUUGUUUAGAUGGCUCAUAGAAGUUGUAGGCUGCGAUAAUCUAGUGGACUCUUCGAGGCGCACUGCUUUACAUCAAGCGUCGAUGAGUGGAGUCCUCGCUGCUGUCAAAAUGCUAUUGAGUAGGCCGAGUGUGAACGUCACUGCUAGGCAUGCCUCAGGUUAUUCGCCUUUGGACUAUGCGCUACAGAAUGGUCAUGCAGCUGUCGUGAGAGAACUUCUAGGUAGCAAAGGUAUCGAAGUUGGGAUAAAUCCUGGUGCGCUAAGUACGGUGAUCCAUAAAAAUGAUGUCAAGUGUAUGGAGCUUCUGCUACAAAGCGAAUCAGUGGACGUCAACCCGACUUUCUUCGGCCACACGUCUAUGGUCCUUCAAUUACUGUCGGUUGAGGGCAUUGAUGUCAAUUGUCAAGAUCAAGAAGGAAAAUCACCGCUCUGGGUGGCCGCAACCGCUGAUCACGCAGAGAUCCUAAACAUCUUGCUGGCCCAACCGGCGGUAAAUUUGGAUGCGCUGAAUGAAGGCGACAGCAAUGGUUGUACGCCGCUGCACACGGCCGCUGAGCAUGGUCGCGACAACAUUGUCCAAAUUCUCCUCUCCUGUCCAAACGUGCAUGUUAAUGCACGGAAUAUGCGGGAUCGUACUCCUCUUCACAGUGCAGCCGCAGGAGACCUGGGAGGUCAUGCAGACGUUGUAAAGCGACUGCUACUAGACGACCGUGGAGAACAUGACCCAGUGGACAUGUACGGCUAUACACCUCUGACUGUUGCCGCAGACAGAGGUCAUGAAAAGGUAGUACGAAUCCUUCUCGACAGUGAUCGUGUGAAUCCAAUUCAUGCGGACAAUUUUGGUGAGAUUCCUAUUACGAGGGCGCAGAAGUCUGGUCACACCAGGACUGUAGAAAUGCUGAGAGGGCGGAGCUGUACUCCUGCUGCACUGUUUGCGGCGGCGUCGACCGCAAAUCAGCAAAUCGUCGAUCUGAUACUCGAGUCUCGCAAGAUUGACCCGAAUGCGCGGUUUAACGAUGGGUAUUCGGUCAUUGAACUGGCCAUCCUUGAAGGUCAUAGGUCAAUAGUCCAGCAUUUUCGGGACUCUGGCACCGUGGAUGUUGCACGACUUUCAGUUCAGGACAGAUUGGCAUUUGAAAAUGCAGAUCAAAUGCCCAUGCCGCUUUGCGCGGGCAACCAUAGUAUGCAAUUAUCAGAUGUGAGUCAGUCAGCACUUCCAAGAGACGAAAGGAUGCUGCCGCCUGCAUUAGCAAAACCGCUAGAGAUUUGUGCCAUUGGACUGGAGCUGGCGCAGAAGUGGACGAAGAAAUAUCAAGUUCUUUGUCAGACUGAAUCAGAAAAUCCUGCGUUGGUAGACUACAACCACUAA